AUGAAUGAUGACGCUAUAGUUGAAGGUCAAUAUGCCAGCAGAGAUCCAAGCAAAGAACCAACAGAGAUCCAAGCAAAGAGCCAACAGAGAUCCAAGCAAAGAACCAACAGAGAUCCAAGCAAAGAACCAACAGAGAUCCAAGCAAAGAACCAACAGAGAUCCAAGCAAAGAACCAACAGAGAUCCAAGAAAGAACCAACAGAGAUCCAAGCAAAGAACCAACAGAGAUCCAAGCAAAGAACCAACAGAGAUCCAAGAAAGAACCAACAGAGAUCCAAGCAAAGAACCAACAGAGAUCCAAGCAAAGAACCAACAGAGAUCCAAGCAAAGAACCAACAGAGAUCCAAGCAAAGAACCAACAGAGAUCCAAGCAAAGAACCAACAGAGAUCCAAGCAAAGAACCAACAGAGAUCCAAGCAAAGAGCCAGCAGAGAUCCAAGAAAGAACCAACAGAGAUCCAAGCAAAGAGCCAACAGAAACUCGAGAACGAAUCGGAAGACUCGCUAUUAAAAUCUCUUUACCUACCACACCGCUCUUCUUGUCGGAGCAUUCUAACUAG